AACAUCGGUGUGCGCACGUAUCGAUUAAAAAAAAAUCAAACUAUCGGAACAACAUCGAAAUCUUGCCAGCUCUAGUUUUGUGAUUGUGUCAAAAAUACAGGGUUUUUUGUUGCAUUUGCAAUUUAAUCCGAUAAUAUCAGCCGUGGAGUUAUGCGCGAAACGUCGUUGCAACCGACCAGCCAGCCGAUCGGCCAUCCGUUUGGCAUUCGUUAUUAAUUAAAUCAGCUGAGCGCGAGCGACUGAGGAAAGGAGAGCAGAGCAUUGGCAAAGGGAGCAGGCACGGGAGAGGAAGAUAGUUAACCGAUACAGCCCACUUCCACUUCCAACCGGAGCAGCGCAGUCGCCACAAGCGGCACAGCCAGCAGAGGCGUCGACGUCGUCACUUGGUAAUUAAAAAAAAAGGAAAGACCGAACCGACCAAAAAAAAAAAGAAGAAACAGAACGAAAGUCGCAAAGUCGGAAAGUCUGAAAUUCUGAAAGUCGGAGAGUCGCAGUCACAGUCGCAGAGAUUCACUCGUGUCGCACGUCCGUUCGUUCCCACAUUGUCGUUAUAAAAAUAGCAACGCCUUAAACGAUCGCAUCAGCCUCAUCAACAACCGCCCGCCGCCACCGCCGGAUCAUCUUCAUCAUCAUCGUCUUCAUUAGCAGCCGCAGAGUAACUGAUCUUGAUUGCGAUCAUCAUAUAAUCCUUUACUAAUCCGCUGCCCAACUUUGCUCCAUUCGUGUUCCGCGCGGCAAUAGAUUAACCCGUUGCUGAUUCGCCAGCCGGCAACAUUUCACUGGAUAUAAUGGCCAAGGACGAGGAGGAUGACCUGUUGCCCGACAAGGAUGCCGCCAAGGGCUUCUACGCCAAGUACGAGCCCAAGGAGAUUCUGGGCAGGGGCAUCAGUUCGACCGUGAGGCGGUGCAUCGAGAAGGAGACGGGCAAGGAGUUCGCCGCCAAGAUCAUCGACCUGGGCGCCACCACGGAGGCGGGCGAAACGAAUCCAUAUCACAUGCUCGAAGCAACCAGACAAGAAAUCUCAAUACUGCGCCAGGUCAUGGGGCAUCCCUACAUAAUUGAUCUGCAGGAUGUGUUUGAGUCCGAUGCAUUUGUUUUCCUCGUAUUCGAGCUGUGUCCCAAGGGCGAGCUCUUCGACUAUCUGACCUCGGUGGUGACGCUUUCGGAGAAGAAGACACGCACCAUCAUGCGACAGAUCUUCGAGGGUGUCGAGUACAUCCACGCCAAGAACAUCGUUCAUCGCGAUCUUAAGCCCGAGAACAUCUUGCUGGACGAGAAUCACAAUGUGAAGAUCACGGACUUUGGCUUUGCCAGGCAGCUGCAGGAGGGGGAAAAACUAACAGAUCUGUGUGGAACGCCGGGCUACUUGGCGCCGGAAACGCUAAAGUGCAACAUGUUUGAAGGAUCCCCCGGCUAUUCGCAGGAAGUGGACAUAUGGGCUUGUGGCGUGAUUAUGUUCACGUUACUCGUCGGCUGUCCGCCUUUCUGGCACCGCAAACAGAUGGUUAUGCUGCGGAAUAUCAUGGAGGGCAAGUACAGCUUCACCUCACCCGAGUGGGCCGAUAUUUCAGAGGAUCCCAAGGAUCUGAUACGCAAAUGUCUAGUCGUUGAUCCUGCGCAACGUAUCACCGUCAAGGAAGUAUUAAGACAUCCAUUCUUCAACCAAAUGGUGUUAAUGGGUGACCGCUGGCACCCGCCGCCGCCGCCCAUCGCGACCGCCCACUCGAGCAGGUAUCACCUGCACGGCCUCGAGCCGUCGUCGUACCGCUUUGGCCAGCUGAACAGCACCGCCGGUGGCUCCAACUACCUGUACUGUGCGCCGCAGAGCUCCUACUCCUCGAACCGAAUGCGCGACGGGCCGCUGGACGAUGGUGCCGCCAGUUCCUGCCUCCAUGUCUCCACCGCCAACAACAACACCACCUGCUCCACAUCCUCGGCGGCAUCCGCCUCAGGCUCUGCCUCCUCCCACAAAACGCUCACGGCGACGGUCUACUAUCAGCAGCAACCGCAACAGCAGCAGCAGUCGCAACAGCAGCAAUCGCAACAGCAGUCGCAACAGCAGCAGCAACAGCAGACGUCGCUGCACCACCUGCAUCAUCUUCAUCCGCAACUGCCAUUGCAAUCGCAAUCGCAUUUGCAACCCAGUGGCGAUGGCGGUGGCAAGCAGUCGGUGUUUGCACCCACCUCAGUGCAGCCGACACUUAGUCAUAUCGUAGCGAGUAAACACUAUGUCUGUAUUAUAUGCACCUUUCUCUAGUACAUAUCUCUCGGGUGAACUGGAUGAUAUUUACAAGAACUGUAUGUAGUUGACUUGCUUCUGCCGUAUACUAUACCUCUGUGUAGCCAUAGCAAUAGUCGUGAUCGGUGGAUCGUCUGUCACUAAUCCAAAUCCAGUCCAAGAACGCCAAACGCCUCUUAGUGUCUCUCAUCUGUCUCUGUGUCUUGUGGAGGAAGCCAGGAUAUUGAAAAUAAGCUAACCUGCAUGCUAGUCUUAAUUACGAUUAACGCAACACACAUUGCAUAGUGUAAAUGCACCCAAAGAAAACUAUAUGGUGCUUUGUUGGAAACAAUUAUAUCUGAAAUUGCUAGUCUAUCAGUUGGAUACUAAGCCGAAAACUAUGAAUAUCAUUUUGAAAUCUAUGUUAGAAGUAAAUUAGUGUUUUUUGGGUGCACACACAUGCCCAUCUAUAAUCGUAUCUAUUAUAAAAUAACGCCAAAAUCGAUUCACUGACAGAUUAUUUUGUUUAAUUUCUCCUCUGUUGAUGAUGUUAUACACGUUUUGUUUGUGUGUCAUGUUCUCUAUAUUGUCAGAGUCUCAACGCCCUUAUAAGAUGUGUGUCUAUAAGUCGGUGUUGUGGAGACUCCCUUGUGAGUAAACCAAGUCAAACUGAGAUAGAUUUGCAUACAGUAUUAUACUAUAUACUCUAUUAUUAUAUCCAUCCAACCACGCCCACUCCGCCAUACCUAAAACCAAUUCAGCUCGUCAAUGUAUUCUCUAAUUGUUUAUCCGCAUAAUGCCCACACACAUUUGUAUAUACAUCUAUAUAUUUCGAGCUAGUUUUAUGGUAAUCCGUAAAUAGCGUCAAUGUUGUGGUUCACUCGAAAAAUGUUUCUCUGACUGUGAUUACUCCUCUAACCCCUAAUCCUAACCUCUGACCUUUGGUGAAUGGCUUUCUUGUCUUCUGUUAAUGCGUCUGCUUGAACCACCCACAAAAAAAAAAUGAAAAAACGAAACACCAAAAAUCAAGAAAAGAGUAACUAAUGCUACCAGUUAACACCGAACCACCCACCACCCAUCGAAACACUGACCACCCAGAAGUUGUAUUCCUCACUAACACUGAAAGUAACACCGGUUAACUAACACUGGGCACUCGAAACAUAUAUCGCUGGUCCCCGAUCCGUGUUGUUCGUCCGAUGGACUAGUAACCACCUAACCAUUUAACCUGUAAUCCGCCAAGUGCUAACCCCGAAACGAUCUAACCCAAAGAAAUAAAACCAAGCAAUUGUUUAACCCAUGGCGUGUGCACCUCUAACCAAAACACGAAGCCAAAAAAAAAAAAAAAAACAAAAUGAAAAGCGAUCGAUCCGCAAUGAGCGAGUUGAUGCCCCCGAAAGACGCGAUUCCUAAUCCAAC